UCAUCGUGUGGCCACACACCACGAAACGAUUGCGGAGACGCCAGCAAGAUAUAGGAGGGCAAGCCACUGAACGGGCAAGGGCGACCGACACCGAAUCUCUGUCACCUCUCCUCGUCUUCUCUCCACUUCGGUAGCUAGGGUAGGGUUAUUGACGGCUUCAUCCAUGGCGACAUCGAAGCUACAAGCUCUGUGGAAUCCCCCAGCCGGUCCCAAAACCAUUCAUUUUUGGGCACCUACUUUUAAAUGGGGUAUUAGCAUUGCCAAUAUUGCUGACUUCGCUAAACCUCCGGAAAAACUUUCCUACCCUCAGCAAAUAGCGGUCACUUGUACUGGAGUUAUAUGGUCGCGCUACAGUACUGUAAUUACACCAAAAAAUUGGAAUCUAUUUAGUGUAAAUGUUGCAAUGGCUGCAACAGGCAUCUACCAACUCAGUCGCAAGAUACAGCACGAUUACUUUUCUGAGGAAGAAGCUGCUGUUGCAAAGGAAUAAUGAUGAAAACCUGCUGUUCUCUUUGAUCCUCCUGUAAUGAAGUCAUUCUUCCUUCUUGCAAGGCUUUGGAUAGUUAUGAUUUGAAUAU